UUCCAUGCUUCCACUCAUUCCAUCACAUCCGUUUACGCUUCACUCUCGUUUCCCCUUCACCUUCCGCAGAACCUGAUAUUUCGACUGUCUGUUAGGCUGAGAAGAAGUUGUUAUCGUCUCGGGGAUGACAAUGUCUACCUCUUCUGGAGGUGCUAUUCAUCUUCGAGGAGCCGAUCAUAUAUCGUCCAGUCAUGAAUCCGCCGUGGAAGGGCAUGUCUCGACCGUCAGCGAAUCAGAUGGUUUUCGAGGUUUUAAUGAGCGCAGGACCAUUGACCCAGAGGGGCAGGAAUAUUUUCAGUCUCAGGGAGUUACCCGGAUGGAAGCGCUCUACCGCACUACACGACAAAAGGCAGGCAGAGGCACGCUAUGGGCCGUUAGCAUCUCCAUCGUUGUCUGUGCGUGGGCUUACGCUCUAGACAGCGCGACUACAUCUCAUUACGCUCCGUUCGCCACUUCCUCGUUCGGCACCCAUAGUAGUGGGCUCGCAGCCCUAGCUAUCGCUAGCAAUAUUGUUUCCGCAGUAUGCAAACCUUUCGUCGCAAAGCUAUCUGAUAUCACGUCUAGGCCAUACACAUAUACAAUUAUAUUGGCAUUCUAUGUCGUUGGCUACAUCGUCGUAGCUACCUCUCCCUCAAUUCAGGUGUUCAUUUCUGGAGUUGUUUUGGUUUCAAUAGGGAGCUCAGGAAUGGAUCUCUUGAACGGAAUAAUCGUUGGGGAUUUGACCACCCUCGAAUGGCGGGGAUUUGUCGGAGCCAUUCUCUCCCUCCCUUUUGUCAUCAAUACUUGGUUUUCGGGCAAAAUUGUGGAGGCUUUCAGCGAAGGAGAGAGGUGGCGGUGGGGUUACGCCAUGUUCGCGAUAAUUAUGCCCAUCGUGCUUGGACCCGCGAUCUUAACACUGAUUCACCUCGAACGGAAGGCUCAAAAGGAGGGUGUUGUGAACAUCGCCUCCAGUAAUGCUGCACGCCGAAGAGCGCUAGAAGGAUCUGAGGAAGAGCGGGAGGGUCUUUUGGGUGCGGUCGUCGCUAAAGCCGUCGGGACCGAAAAGACUUGGUUCCGCCAGGCAAAGCAUAACUUGGAAGAGAUUGAUGCCAUUGGUUUGGUUUUGUUGGGUCUCGGCUGGGGCCUUGUGUUGCUGCCAUUUGUCUCCAAGAAUUAUGCAAAUGGAGGUCUCGCAAAUCCUCGAAUUAUUCUGGCGAUGAUACUCGGCGCUCUCUCUCUGGUUGCUUAUAUCCUGUACGAGAGAUACAUUUCCCGAAUACCGAGUGCACCAAAGCGUCUGUUGGUAAACCGCACAUUCAUAUCGGCGGUUAUCAUCGAUUUCUUCUAUUUCUUUUCCGGGCAACUGCGUGGUCUCUAUUUUGAAUCUUACAUACUGAUCGUCAAGACUUGGUCAGUACAGAAUGUCACCUACUUCAACAACAUCAUGACUAUUUCCCUCUCUCUUUCCGGUAUUGUUGUUGGUAUUAUCCACCGCUUUACCCAUCGAUACAAGUAUCUGCAAAUCGUGGGCCUCGUCAUCAAGAUCUUUGGCAUCGCAGUAAUACUUGGAGGCCACAGGACGGCGACGACAUCAUCCUUCGCUUUGAUAGCUUCCCAAAUCCUCAUCGGAAUUGGAGGGGCGUGUAGCGUUGUAGGAACCCGUGUCUCCUCGCAAGCUUCUGUUCCUCAUCAGGAUCUUGCCCUCACGUUGGCACUUCUGGCGUUGUGGACCAAGAUUGGGUCUGCUCUCGGCGCUGCAUCUGCAUCACUUAUAUGGUCGGAAUAUAUGCCCAUCUUACUCCGUCGGUAUCUUCCCGAAGAUAUCAGCGAUGAAAAGGUUCAUGAAUUUUUUGGAAACAUUCGAGCUAUUCGUGCGUAUGACUUUGAUCAUCCCGUGAGGCAGGGUGCGAUACAGGCGUAUCAAGAGACGCUCUGGUACCUGAUUGUACCCGCGCUCUGGCUGUCGGUCAUAUCGCUGGUGGCUGCUUGUUUCCAGACCAACUUUUACUUGGGAAAGCAGCAGAACGCUGUGAUGAAUGUUGCACCUGACGGGGAGAGAAUCGAAGAGGAAGACGAUCAGAGAGAGGACUGAUGGAUUUUCCGCGGAUGUGGCAAUGUAGAGUACACGAUCUAAUCAGGCCAGGGAAACCUGUCACCCUGUACUUACC